AAAUAUCUUCAAAAGUAAAAAUAAAAAUUCAGAGCAAUAUAGAGAAAGACACUAUAUUUAUGUACGGAUGAUUUGAAGCUUUCCCAAGUUGGCUGGGUUUCUUUUCAAUCAAAGUUGUGCUUGAUUUGAACCCAUUUCAGCGUGUUCUCCUCUCUUUCUCGCUUAGUCUUUUGUUUUUUGUUAUGUUCUUUUUCAAUGAGAGGACAAAAAUGUGGACAAAGUAGAGUGCGAGAAUGAGAAGAAGCAAGAACCGUCUUCGGCAAAUAAACAGAACAACUGUAUGCAUGCAGUAGAGACAAUUUCAAGGGAGCCCCUUGCUUCUAGUAACGGAGAGAAAUCUGCUACGAAGGGUGAGGAUAAAAAUGCAGACAAAUUAGAGUGUGAUAAUGAGAAGAAGCAAGAACCAUAUUUGGAAAAUAAACAGGACGCCAAUCAUAUGCACGCAACAGAGACAGUUGCAAGGAAGCCCCUUGCUUCAAGUAGUGCGAAGAAGUCUUGUACGAAGGGUGAGGUAGCGAAUUCCACAAAUUCGGCACUGACAAAGCUGACAGCACGGCUCAAUUUUAUGAGAGAGAGACAAAGCCAGAUUGCAAAGGAAAUGCUAGGUUCAGUGAAAGGCCAAGGUUCAAUUCAAUCUGUUCUAAGCCCGGGUAAAGCCGAAGGACCGCAACCUCUUCAAGAAGCUCAAAAUGAAGAGAAAACUAUUGCACCAGAUAUUUGCAAAUAACUCUACAAUCCAAACGAAGGGUUUGGAUAAGAAGGAAAUCAGAAUCAAACUGGAGAUCUAAAAAUAUUUAAAUCAGAAGGCCAUGGUGUUCUGCAGUGCAGAAAAAGCUCAAGACUUAGAAGAUUAGGCCUUCUUUGAAUCACUGGUGAGAUUAAUUACUGUAAUAAUGAGAAGAUGGGUGUGUAUUUAGAUUUAAACAAAAUUAAAACUGUAAAAUAAGAAAUGAAAAUGAUUAUUAAA